GCUUGGUUUCCGCAAACAUAAAAGCCGGCGUCGGCCGCUGCCCUCUAACGUCGUACUAUCAAAUUCAUCAUAAAUGGUUCCCACCAGGAAACUCACCGUUCUCGUCACCACUGCAGAGAGCCGCACAGGCGAUGCCGUCGUUCAAGAGCUUCUCAGCGGCGAAUACAAGAACCGCAUUGCCAAAGUUAUUGCCCUGUUUCCGCCUGAUUUGGAAAACCCGGAACACAUGAACCUUGGUGCCGAGAUACAAAAUAUUGACGUGCUGGAAACGAGCGUAGAUGAGCUGUCCACGUUGAUGAAAUCGAAUGGAGUGGAUGUGGCUGUUUUGGUGCCUCCGGCUACAGAUGCCAAAGUGCUCGUAGCAGAAAAUCUUCUUCGGGCCGCGCAAGAAGCCGGAACCUUGAACGCCAUCACCGUAUCGUCCCAAGCUUGCGAUGACCCUAAUGGAGGUCGAAGAAUGCAGCAAUUCCUCGCCAUUGAGAAAGCCAGCAAGGCAUCUUCAGUCCCUAAUGUGUGCAUUGCCAGAGCCGGCCACUAUAUUCAAAACUUAUUCUUAUAUACCGAACAAGUCAAGGAUUCAAAAACACUCGGACUUCCGAUCGAUCACAAAAAGUUUGCCCCUGUUGACGUCCGAGAUGUCGCCUAUGCCAUUACGACCAUCAUUGGCCAUGGAGUGGAGCAGCACCGUGCUCGAUGCUAUGAAUUUACCGGCCCUGAAGCCCUCACAGGUGAUGAGCUUGUAGCCAAAUCCGGCAUCCCCGAUAUCCGCUUCAAACCCAUCUCUGUCCAAGACUGGAGAGAGUACAUUGAACUCGUUGAAGAUCUUGAUCCGUCCGAGAUUGAAGUUUUGGAAGAACAGUUUCAUUUAGUACGGUUGGGGAGAUUGCAGUAUGUUUCGCCGGAUUUUACUCGAGUGGUUGGUAAACCUCCGAGGCCCGUUGAAGCGUGGUGGAGCGAGGCGAGGGAUGAGUUCAUUCCUGAGGAGGAGUAGUGUUGGGUAACUGGUUCUGCACAUGAUAUUGCAUAUGCAGGGUUUAUGCGAGUAGCAAUUACUGGCUGAAU